GCACUCAAACUCGACAAAUAUCCACAGCCACUGAUCAGUCUGAUCUCUCCGUUUCUCACCUCCUCACAAAUACAAUAAUGGAAUCAACAGGCCCCUACGCCGUCAACCUUCUCCUCCGCCUCCUCAUCCUCUUCCUCUUCUCCUUCCACCGCAUCCCAGCUUCAUCGUCACCCACUUCGACCCCUCCAUUUCCAAAGGAAGCUCUCCCCACCAGAUCAGGCUACCUCCCCGUCAACCCCACCACCGGUUCCGCCAUUUUCUAUGCUUUCUACGAAGCCCAGAAACCCAUUUCACCGCUCUCCCAAACCCCUCUUCUUAUUUGGCUCCAGGGCGGCCCUGGCUGCUCCUCCAUGAUCGGCAACUUCUACGAGCUCGGCCCCUGGCGCGUCAACUUUCACAAGGCCAAGUCCGACCCACUUGCUCUUGAACCCAAUCCAGGCUCUUGGAACCGCAUAUUCGGCCUUCUUUUCCUCGAUAAUCCGAUUGGAACCGGGUUUAGUAUUUCCUCCACACCCGAAGAAAUCCCCAGAGACCAAUCUUCUGUCGCCAAGCAUCUUUUCGCUGCGAUCGCUUCGUUUAUUGAAUCGGACCAGUCGCUUAAGUCUCGUCCGAUAUAUAUUACUGGCGAGAGCUACGCGGGGAAGUAUGUUCCAGCAAUUGGUUACUAUAUUAUCAGGAAGAAUGCCGAGUUGCCGGCGUCUGAGCGGAUGAACUUAGCGGGCGUUGCUAUUGGAAACGGGUUGACCGACCCGGUGAUCCAGGUGGGUACUCAUGCUGUGAAUGCUUACUUUUCCGGUCUGAUCAAUAAGAGGCAGAAGAGUGAGCUGGAGAAGGCGCAAUGGGAGGCGGUUGGGCUGACAAAAUCAAGGAAUUGGACAGAGGCGACAGAUGCUCGAACCAGAGUCUUGCGUUUGCUUCGAAACAUGACAGGAUUGGCAACAUUGUAUGAUUUUAGUCGAAAAGUUCCUUACAAUGAUGAACUGGUGACGGAGUUCUUACAAAACGAUGAGGCGAAGAGGGCGCUAGGGGUGAACGAAUCGAUGGUUUUUGAGCUGUGCAGCGACGUGGUUGGGGACGCACUGCAGGAGGAUGUGAUGAAGAGCGUGAAAUACAUGGUGGAGUUCUUGGUGAAACAGAGCAAGGUAAUGUUGUAUCAAGGGCAUUUUGAUUUGAGGGAUGGAGUGGUGUCAACGGAGGCUUGGGUGAAGACGAUGAAAUGGGAGGGAAUCGAGGAGUUCUUAAUGGCGGAGAGGAAGGUUUGGAAGGUGAAUGGAGAGCUUGCUGGGUAUGUGCAGCAGUGGGGGAAUCUGAGUAAUGUUGUGGUUUUAGGGGCAGGGCAUCUUGUGCCUGCUGAUCGGGCGUUGAAUUCUCAGGCGAUGAUAGAAGACUGGGUGUUGGAGAGGGGGUUGUUUGGCUUUGGGUAUCAUCAACAUCAAGGGGAGGGAGAGAAUUUGUCAUCAAACUUGAGGCCUCUAAUGUAAUAGAAGUUUUCUUCAGCUUGGGGAGUAUGAAGAAUGAAGAUGGGGGAUAUAUGCAUAUGUGAUAGCCAUGGAGAGCACAUCAAAAGUGGAUGACGAACAGUGGCUUGCUUGUAAUUGGAUCUUGUACUCUUUCAUAUGCAGAUUAAUAUGUAUUUUCAAAAAAGUUCAUUUUAGAUCCAAAAAAUGCCCAGAGGUGAAAACAAGCUUUGCG